AUGGUCCACAAGACAGCAAUGCUUGGAGGGACUGCCUCGAACGUCAAGGUCGCCAAGGUCGCUCAUGGCUUGAUGAGAAUGACAUGGAGCGGAACAGGUCUCCUUCCUGAUGAACAAUGCUUUGAGGCGAUCAAGGCCGGCGUUGACGCCCUGCCUCCAGAUGUCAAGAUGUUCCUGAAUAGCGGCGAAUUUUAUGGUCCUGGAGAAUCUACCGCGAACUUGGAGCUGGUCUCGAGGUUCUUUGAGAAAUAUCCAGACCCAGAGGAUCUCCGACGCAGCGUUGACAACAUCAACGCCGCGCUUCGCGGAAAAAAGCGCAUGGAUCUCUUCCAAUGUGCCCGUGUCGACAAGAAUGUGCCGAUCGAGAACACGAUCAAGACCCUCGUCGGACUCAUCGAGGAGGGCAAGUUUGAUCAUAUUAGCAUGUCGGAGUGCAGCGCGCAGUCACUGCGCUGGGCGCAUGCGGUGCACCCGAUCUCUGUUGUUGAGAUCGAGAUUAGUCCUUGGUCGUAUGAGGAGGAAACUAAGAAGGUCAUUGCCACGACGAAGCAACUUGGAAUUGCCGUUGCAGGGUACUCGGAGAAGAAGCGCACGCUGGAGAACCUCGCGGGGGGCGAUGUGGAGUUCUCGGAGCAGGAGCUGGCGGACAUCAACGCGGUGAUUAGCAAGCAUGAGAUCACGGGGGAUAGAUACUUUGGCGGACCGGAGAUGGCGCAACUGUGGGGGUGA